AAAGGUAUGUGAGGUGACACCCAGUGACGCUGCUCACGUGUUUCCUUCACCUCAGAUGUAAACAAACAUCAGCAGACCUCUGGAAGGGUUACCUGCCAUAACUGUUGUCUCCAUCACUCAGCAGACCUCUGGAAGGGUUACCUGCCAUAACUGUUGUCUCCAUCACUCAGCAGACCUCUGGAAGGGUUACCUGCCAUAACUGUUGUCUCCAUCACUCAGCAGACCUGCCAUCCUGUACAAGGAUGCCGUUGGUGGUGUAAGACGAUGGAAUACUUUGACUGGAUUUAUUGACAGAACAAAACACCCAAGUAAAGAUGUGUGGUGAGCGGUGCCGCAUCUUGUGUUCACAAUGGCGUUUGUGGAUCAGGCCACUUGUGUUCAUACUGUAUGGAGGCAUUAUUCUGGGUUUUGUUCCCUAUCUUAUAUACACAAUGAUUUUAAAGGAUAUGAAUGGAUUCGAGAUUGCAUGGCUUAUUGGUGGGAUAUUUGUGUUCCUGGCCAUCCCUAUAACACUGUGGGAGAUUGUGCAGCAUCUUAUAAACUACACUAAACCCAAACUGCAGAAACACAUAAUCAGAAUACUUUGGAUGGUUCCAGUGUAUGCCCUCAAUGCUUGGCUGGUGCUGAAAUUUCCAUCCCUUGCACCAUAUUUAGACACAGCAAGAGAAUGUUAUGAGGCAUAUGUCAUCUAUAACUUCAUGAUGUUUCUCCUCAAUUUUCUGGAUGAUGAAAUGGACCUUGAUGCCACAAUGGAAACUAAACCUCAGACAAAUCACUUUUUCCCACUUUGCUGUCUUAAACCUUGGCGCAUGGGCAGGGAAUUCAUUCAUCGAUGCAAGCAUGGCAUCCUGCAGUACACAGUGUUCCACCUUAUGACAACCUUCAUAGCCUUUGUGUGUGGCCAGGCAGGGGUUUAUGAGGAGGGAAAAUUGUCUCCCAAGAAUGCAUUUGUUUACCUCUUCGUGGUCAACAAUUUAUCACAGUUUGUGGCUAUGUACUGUUUAGUUUUAUUCUACAAAGCCAUGAGAAGGGAGCUGGACCCUAUGUCACCACUUGCAAAGUUCUUGUGCAUCAAAGCUGUGGUCUUCUUCUCAUUUUUUCAAGGAGUUGCUAUCAUGUUCUUGAUGAAGGCUCAGUUUAUGCACGACAUAUUCCACAUAGUAGCUGAAACUGAAGAAGAGAGAUUGAAAAUUGAACGAAAAGAUUCCAGCAUUUUACAGAACUUUUUAAUCUGCAUAGAGAUGUUCAUAGCAGCAGUUGCUCACCGCUAUGCCUUUUCUUACAAGCCUUAUGUUGAUGAAGAAUAUGAAACUGGAAAUUGCUGUCAUACUUUCUUACUCAUUUGGGACAUAUCUGAUGUGCGGUCUGACAUCAGAGAACACGUUUAUGUUGUUAGUGAAGGUAUGAAGCGUCGGUUGACUUCACGUGGAGGUGGAUGGCCUGGUGGUGCAUCAGCUGUAGGAGGUGUAAAUGGUGGUGAUGAACACACACGCCUCAUUGCUCCUCAUGCACACACAGGCUCCCACACAACGCAACGUUACAUGUCAACCUCAGAUUCUGAGCAUGAUAUUAUCAUACAACAGGGUGAAGGGUCCGAUACUGAAGACGUUAAGGCCAUAUGACACCCAAGCACCCCUCGACCUGGCACUGUUGUGUGAUGGAAGGGGGUCAUUUUGAUAAUAACCAUUAUAAGUAACAGUGGAGAGAUUUGAAAACUGUCACCAGCAAGGUAGGAGGUACUGUAGUAGAAAGCUUUAAAAUAAUAAAACUGCCACAGGUUCUCCAAAACUGGUGUUUUGUAUUUAAAAAGAGUUUGGUUGCUUUUAACACUGACACUACAGUGAUAAUUUUAAAAUUUGGAAAAAAUAAACAAAAACACUUAAGAGUUUGCCCUAGAGUUUAACUUCUUAUUGAGUAGAGAGUGAGGCCAAAGAUUGUAAAGUACAAUACAUAUAAGCAGAAAAUUAUUUUUUCCAAAUAAUGGAAAAAUUACAAAGUUGCUCAUAACAGCAAGGAGGAAAAGAAAUCAGUGCAUGAACUUUUUGAUAAUGUUAAGAAAUACCAAAAAACAGAAACAAAUUCUGAUAUUGUAGCUCUUAUUAUAUUAGGCCAUAAAUGACGUAGUUAUGGGUAGAUUAAGUAAAUGUUUCACAGCUCAUUGUAUUAAUUUGACUCAAGGGAAUUUAAAGUUCUUGAAAAUUUCUCUCUUACACCUGAAUAGAGGAUCAUAGUAUUUGAUAAUUAGUUAACACUGGAAAUUGUAUUCCAGGUAAAGCAUUAACAAUUGAUAUAAUGCUUAGCUAUAAGGUAAAGUGUAACUUAAAAAUUUUGAGAAUUUUUUCCAAAGAUAUGCUGUAGCAAAUUUAACAAAGAAGUCAUCACAUUUAUUAGUAUAUUAAUAAGUAUAUAAUACUUAAAAACAGUGACUAAAUUAAAUGUAUUUCCAAUAAACAGUAUAUAAUACUGGUUAAAUUUGCACUUGAUAAGAUAAGGAAAUGACAUGAUAAAGAAAGAUAUAUUUUUCUCCCAGUGAAUGGUAAUAUGGCUUAUGUAAACCGAUCCCCACACAAGUUGAUACAUUCACAUAAUCCUCCAUCAGCAUGUUCCUUUCUCACUUCUUCUGUUCCAUAUUCCUUUCUUACUGCUUCUAUUUCAUGUUCCUUUCAUCAUUGCUUGUUCCAUGUUCCUUUCUCACUGCUUCUGUUUCAUGUCCCUUUCUCACUGCUUCUUUCCCAUGUUCCUCUCUCACUGCUUCUGUUCCGUGUUCCUUUCUGACUUCUGCUCCAUGCUCCUUUCUCACUGCUUCUGUUUCGUGUUCCUUUCUCAAUGUUUCUGUUCCAUGUUCCUUUCUUACUGCUUCUAUUUCAUGUUCCUUUCUCAUUGCUUGUUCCAUGUUCCAUUCUCAUUGCUUUUGUUCCAUGUUCCUUUCUCACUGCUUCUGUUCCAUGUUCCUUUCUCACUUCUGUUCCUUGUUCCUUUCUCACUUCUGUUCCUUGUUCCUUUCUCACUGCUUCUGUUUCAUGUUCCUUUCUCACUGCUUCUUUCCCAUGUUCCUUUCUCACUGCUUCUGUUUCGUGUUUCUUUCUCACUUCUUCUGUUCCAUGUUCCUUUCUCACUUCUGUUCCUUGUUCCUUUCUCACUUCUGUUCCUUGUUCCUUUCUCACUGCUUCUGUUUCAUGUUCCUUUCUCACUGCUUCUUUCCCAUGUUCCUUUCUCACUGCUUCUGUUUCGUGUUUCUUUCUCACUUCUUCUGUUCCAUAUUCCUUUCUUACUGCUUCUAUUUCAUGUUCCUUUCUCAUUGCUUGUUCCAUGUUCCAUUCUCACUGCUUCUGCUCCAUGCUCCUUUCUCACUGCUUCUGUUCCAUGUUCCUUUCUCAAUGUUUCUGUUCCAUGUUCCUUUCUCACUCCUGUUCCAUGUUCCUUUCUCACUCCUGUUCCAUGUCCCUGACUCACUUCAUUUCAUGUUCCCGACUCGUCCCCUUCUAAUUUAUUCUUCUCCCACUCGUUCCAUAUUGUGUUUCUCUUGCACUCAUUCUGCCUUGGUGUAUCUUUACUAUAUCUUCAUUUUAGCUUUGGUAUGUGAUUGUACUAGACCCAAAGAAUGUAUGAAUGUUAUUAUUUCAGUUAAAAUUUAAAGCGGAGAUUAAAUUUGCUUCAUGUGUUACUUUACAUAUACGCAAACAUAAAUAUUUAAUAGACACACUUGCUUAUUAACUAAUAUAUACAGUAUCGUCAUCUUUAGCAGUUAGGUAGCAUGUGGUAUUCACGUAUUACUACAAUUGCACCCAGAUAGAAUUGUCAGACUCCACUGGUCAUGUUUGUAGAUAUUUGUACUCAUUGUCCAUAUAUACUGUACCUAGUUCCUUCUCAACAAGUAGAGGUAUCAUUUUUUUUUCCUUAAGAAUAUAAAACAUUGUAAUGAUACUGAACAUUUAUUUAAAAGACAAAAUAAUAACUAAUAUUUUGUGAAUAAAACUUUACUGGC